AGUGCACACAGUACAAUGGCCAUAGUGUCUCUAAUAUCAUAUCUAAUGAUUGGACUGUAAACGAUGCCACUAACUAGUAACUUGUAAUUACAAUUAGAGAUAUAACGAAUAAAGACUAUAAAAUGAAAUAAAUGGAUAAACCACUGUCUCAAAGUUUAAAGGGACACUAUGUAGUUUGGAAGAAGAAAUUAAAACUCAGAGUUUUAAUAUUUCUCAUAUUCAUGAGAAAAUAAUACAAACUCAAACAUCUAUUUUUUCCAUGAGUGAAUAAACAAGCUGUUCUCAGAGGCACACAAGGUCCCCAGAACACUUUUUGAAGCAGAACGAGGGCAGGGUCCGCCGCAUAUGAACAAAUUAAACGGUAUGAAAUUGUGUUGUCCUUUAAAGUCUGAUAAAAGAGUGUUUAUUGCACUAUGUAGUUUUUGGGGAAGAAAUUGCAAUCAGAAGACAUUAACAAACCUAAACAAAUAAAAUAAACCAAUUGUUUUUAUGAAUAAAUAAACAAACUGGCAACACAAUUUAUACUGUUUUAUACUUGUAUUUGGCGGACCCUGGCACCUUUCUAGCUUCAAACUGUGUUCUUGAUAUCAUAAACAGUAUAUUUCAAUUUCUUCUACAAAACUACUGAGUGAUACAUUUUAACCAGGUAGCACUGAGAAGCUGCUGCAGCAGAGCUAGUUGGCUGUCUGACUUAAGAACUACACUUCCCAGGUAGCGUUGACGCGUCGUUCGUCAUCACGCAUGCGCUAACCGUUGGAACGACGGCAAGGGAAGCAGGACCUGCCGGACGAGCUCGCAUGUUUUUUGUUGGGUCGGUUGGACAAAAAAAAAAAAAAAGAAAAGUGCCGAGAGAACCUGAGAGAGAGGAGCCAAAUGUUCCCAGAUGUAACUGAAAACAGCCAUAUAUGGUGGAGGCGUUCUUCAAGGGAAACCUGAGCCAGAAGAAAGACGUUUUUAUCUCCAGAGUGCAUGUCAGGCAAAUUUUAGUCGCGAUUACUUGAGGACUUUUAAUUUGCUAUGUGACCCCUGAGCCAUAGUCCUCCUCUUUGGAAUAAAAUAAAAACAUAGAGUAGGUAGAAACACACCCUCUGCCUUUUUGUGGUUGUGUACUCGUCUCUGGUAGCUGCUUGAAACCUGCACACUAAACAUUCACACAUUUUUUUUUAUUGAAGUGUUUCUGUGUCUGUGUCACUUUUAAAUUGACAGAACCAGAAAGAUUAUCAAAACUCAGAGGAUUUCCUUUCACAUGCCUGGUGGCAGCCAACCACUUUGCUUCAAUGGAGAAGUGCAGCAGCAAAAGAACACCUUGUAGAGGUCGCCGUCAUCUCAGCAUCACCUGGGAGAUAGCCUAGCCUAGCCUUGCUCAGCUCGGGUCAGCACCGCUAGUCCUUGACCGCUCCCCAACCCCUUUACCUGCCGCAUCCCACACCACAGCCCUCCCCUCCCCCCCUGCUCUUUCCAAGCGAGCUGCCAUGGCAUCGGUGCGCUUCACGGUGACGCCCACCAAGGCGGAGGACCUCCCGGGGCUGUCCGACACGUCGCCUGACAUCAGCUCCCGCUCCGGCGCCCGCGUGCGAUUCGGCUCCAGGGAGAGCGUCAAUCGAAGCGACCCACUCAGCGAGGUGUCUGGAGGCGGGACGGCAGGAGGAGGGGGCGACACGCCUGAACACAGCAGCGUGGACCAAGGUGAUGGAAACUCCAAAAUCUCCAGUGUGUACAUCAACAACACUCACGGGGUGGAUGACGAUGACUUCUACGACAGAAACUUGGCCCUGUUUGAGGAGGAGAUGGACACUCGACCAAAGGUGUCGUCUCUGCUCAAUCGCCUGGCCAACUACACCAACCUGACGCAGGGCGCCAAGGAGCACGAGGAGGCUGAGAGCAUCGGCGAGAAGAAGAAAGCCAGCAAGUCGCCACAGAUGGGGACGUUUAUGGGCGUUUACCUGCCCUGCCUCCAGAACAUCUUCGGUGUCAUCCUGUUCCUGCGGUUGACCUGGGUGGUGGGAAAUGCCGGGGUGCUGCAGGGCCUCUGCAUCGUCUUCAUAUGCUGUUGCUGUACGAUGUUGACCGCAAUAUCGAUGAGCGCAAUCGCCACUAAUGGAGUCGUACCAGCGGGAGGCGCCUACUUCAUGAUCAGUCGCUCUCUGGGUCCAGAGUUUGGGGGGGCGGUGGGCCUGUGUUUCUACUUGGGCACCACCUUUGCUGGAGCCAUGUACAUCCUUGGAGCCAUCGAGAUCCUUCUGAUGUACAUAGCACCUAAGGCAGCCAUUUUUGAGUCAAAGCAUCCUGAAGGCGAAGGAGCAGCCAUGUUGAACAACAUGCGGGUCUACGGCUCUAUAUGCCUCCUCCUGAUGUCCUUGCUGGUCUUUGUGGGAGUGAAGUACGUCAACAAACUGGCCUCCAUCUUCUUGGCCUGCGUCAUCGUCUCCAUCGUCUCCAUCUAUGUCGGAGCGCUGGUCUCCGCUUUCAAACCGCCACAAUUCCCAGUGUGCAUGCUGGGAAACAGAACGAUCAGCGGCCACGAAAUUGAUGACAACAAAUGUGCUAAAUUCAUCCAGCUGCAGAUCAAAGAGCCAGAGAGGGUUGAGACCAAUUUCACCAUAACUAAUGAAAAUGGCACUGUGGGCCCGACCUUUGACCCCAGCCCAGUUCCUGCUCUGGUGAAUGAGACUACAAGCAUUUGGAAGCUUUUUUGUGAGGGCCCAGAGCUCAACGCCUCCUGCGACAAAUACUUCAAUUCCAACACAUUUUCUGAGAUCGCUGGGAUCCCCGGUCUGGCCAGUGGGGUCAUUUCAGAGAACCUGUGGAGCGCCUACCUCAGCAAAGGGGACGUGGUGGAGAAAGGCUCCCUGGAGUCGUCUCUGGACGCUCACCCGGCCUCCACUCAUCAGCCUUAUGUGUUCGCUGACAUCACCACCUCCUUCACACUGUUAGUGGGCAUCUUCUUCCCCUCUGUCACAGGAAUCAUGGCAGGUUCAAACCGGUCAGGGGAUCUGAAAGACGCCCAGCGCUCCAUCCCCAUCGGAACCAUUCUGGCCAUCCUCACCACCUCCAUCGUCUAUCUGACCAGCGUUGUUUUGUUUGGAGCCUGCAUCGAAGGAGUGGUCCUCAGAGACAAGUUUGGAGACUCUGUUAAAGGGAAUCUGGUGGUGGGGACCCUGGCGUGGCCCUCUCCCUGGGUCAUUGUCAUCGGGUCCUUCUUCUCAACAUGCGGCGCUGGCCUCCAGUCGCUGACUGGCGCUCCCCGACUCCUGCAGGCGAUCGCUAAGGACAACAUCAUCCCUUUCCUCCGGGUUUUCGGCCAUGGGAAGGCCAACGGGGAGCCGACCUGGGCCCUGCUGCUGACGGCCCUGAUCGCUGAGCUUGGGAUUCUCAUCGCCUCGCUGGACCUGGUGGCUCCCAUCCUCACAAUGUUCUUCCUGAUGUGUUAUCUGUUCGUGAACUUGGCCUGUGGUCUCCAGACCCUCCUGAGGACGCCCAACUGGAGGCCACGCUUCUCCUAUUACCACUGGACCUUGUCAUUUUUGGGGAUGACGAUCUGCCUGGCGCUCAUGUUCAUAUCCUCUUGGUACUACGCAAUUGUUGCCAUGGUGAUCGCCGGGAUGAUCUACAAGUACAUUGAGUACCACGGGGCGGAGAAAGAGUGGGGGGAUGGGAUCCGCGGUCUCUCGCUCAGCGCUGCCCGUUAUGCCCUCCUGAGGUUGGAGGAGGGACCACCGCACACCAAAAACUGGAGGCCCCAGGUGUUGGUCUUACUAAAACUGGACGAGGACGCCCACGUCAAGUCUCCUCGCCUGCUGACGUUUGCCAGCCAGCUGAAGGCGGGAAAGGGCCUGACCAUCGUCGGCACGGUCGUCUCCGGCAACUUCCUACAGAGCUACGGAGAGGCCCUCGCCGCUGAGCAGACUCUGAAACACCUGAUGGAUAAGGAGCGUGUGAAGGGCUUCUGUCAGUGCAUCGUGGCUCAGAAGCCGCGGGAAGGCAUCAGCCACAUGAUCCAGUCCAGCGGCCUGGGAGGAAUGAAACCCAACACGGUGGUGAUGGGCUGGCCUCACGCCUGGAGGCAGAGCGAGGACCCCCAGUCCUGGAAGACCUUCAUCAACACAGUGCGGGUGACCACAGCAGCUCACCUCGCCCUGCUGGUGCCCAAAAACAUCUCUCUGUUCCCCAGCAACAGCGAGCCCUGCACCGAGGGCUACAUCGACGUCUGGUGGAUCGUCCAUGACGGCGGGAUGCUCAUGCUGCUGCCCUUCUUGCUGCGCCAACACAAGGUGUGGCGUAAGUGUGGGAUGCGAAUCUUCACAGUGGCUCAGAUGGAGGAUAAUUCCAUCCAGAUGAAGAAGGAUCUGGCAACCUUCCUCUAUCACCUACGCAUCGAGGCUGAGGUGGAAGUGGUUGAGAUGCACGACAGCGACAUCAGCGCCUACACCUACGAGCGGACCCUGAUGAUGGAGCAGAGGUCUCAGAUGCUCAGACAGAUGCGACUCUCUAAAUCCGACCGGGAACGAGAGGGAAACCCUGGUAGCAGCAGCAGUAGGCAGGAGGCAGGUGGAGCUACAAGGUCUCAGGUGUAUCUUUCCCCCAGGUUCAGGAAUACUGGAGUCCUCAGCUCAAACACCUCCAAAGGAAACACAGACAGACAGGCCCAGCUGGUGAAAGACCGCAACUCCAUGCUGCGGCUGACGAGCAUCGGCUCGGACGACGACGACGACACCGACGGCGGUGAGCGAGACAGGCCUGCGAGCGGCGGAGGCGGCAGCUCCGAGCAUCACCGUCGAGUUCAGAUGACCUGGACCAAAGAGAAGACCUCGCAGUACCGAGCCACGCACUCCGGCUGCUCCACACCCGAAGGCUUCAGAGACAUGCUGAGCAUCAGGCCGGACCACUCCAACGUCAGGAGGAUGCACACCGCCGUCAAGCUCAACGAGGUCAUCGUCAACAAAUCCCACGACGCCCGACUCGUCCUCCUCAACAUGCCGGGACCCCCCAGGAACCCCGACGGAGAUGAAAACUACAUGGAGUUCCUCGAGGUUCUGACCGAAGGGCUGGAGCGCGUCCUGCUGGUCAGAGGUGGAGGAAGUGAAGUCAUCACCAUCUACUCCUGAUUGGACGAACAGAGAAAGCGAUAAAGAGGCAACCGAUCACGCAGAAGUGAAGCGAAGGGAGACUUGAGGGAAGAACCCUGUGAGCUCUGGGGGACAUGGGCUCCUAAAAAGAGAGAGACCGUCAUUGGCUGCAGCGUCAGUCAUCACGCCCGACACGCACCCCCCCACAGCCCUUUUCCUCUCAUCUUUACACUUUUCUGUCAUGACAAGAGUUUCCAUUCCACUACUGUCAAGCUACAGAAAUGCCAACACAAUUCCACGAACAAGCAAAAACAAACUAGCGCGAUUAACUGUAUGCGUGUGUGUGUUUGUGUGUGUUUGUGUGUGAGAGUCAUCCACCUGAAGGAGGUUUGGUUUUGUUGGAGAAAGGGACCAGUGUUGUGUCAGGUGUGUUUGGGGCGGUGGACCAGCGAAUGAGAAGAUUUUGUGAGGCGUCCCAGAAAACGGAGCGUUCGUUCCACUGACGAGACUCAGGGUUGCUUUUUGUACAGAAUGAAUCGUGGAAGCAGAUGUGAGUGUUUUGAGAGUCGGCUGAAUGUCUGAACUGAGUGUGUUUUUGUUUUUUUUCCUCCUUUAUGUUUACUCCAAUUCUACGUUUAAAAACUGGAACAUUAACACCUCGAGUUUGAAACCCGCUCGGUGGUUCAUUUGAGGAAAAUCUGCAAGUUUUUGUGCCGAGAUCAAAGGAAGAAUUACGGUUAUCAUGUAAGUGCAUAUCAGUCCUGGUUUCCGUUCUUACCUCAGAAUUUGUUUUAUCAAUGGUGAAGUUCAAAGUUGAGUGACACUCAAUUAGUUACAAAUUCUUCUGUUUGUCUGAACUUGCUGCUAUUUCUCAGAAUCUUCUCCCCUGUGUGGAGGCCCAUUUUAACCAGCUAAAGUAAACAAAGCAUAAAGGAGAAGUUAGUCGUGAUAAAAUAAAACUGCACAAACAUUUUAAUUAUUAUCACUGAUUCUCUAAAUUUGGAUUUAUCUCAUGAUUUUGAUGAUAAAUUUCACCUCCAAAGUUAAAAUGUUGGAUUUUAUUUUUUCUUUAUUAUUAUUAGAGAGUACGUAAAAACAAAAGUGCUUACUUGGUUAGUUCCAUUUUUUUUUUAGAUAGUUUUAUUAUUUAAGGUUUAUAAGAAAAGUCGACUAUUUGAUGGAAUUUCUAGAUUUAAACAUACCAAGUCAAACUUCUGCGAUAAAUCAAAAUUAUUUGAUUAAAGUCUCUCUGUCAAAAUGACAAUUUUGUAUAUUUUGACUUUCUAGGGCAAAAUUAUUGAUAAAUCUCUUUCUUGAUGAUUUCCCUAAAAUGAUGGGACAGUUGUGUAAAAAGUAUAAGAUUGAAAGUCAAAAUUGUGACUUACAACGCCUUUAAUUAUAAUUAUUAGAGUAAUUUUGACUGACUCAGGUCAAAUUUAAGACAUUAAAGGUCCACUGAUAAGAAAAAAAGGCUAAUAAUUAGACAACAUUUCUGGAUUUUGACAUACAAAGUCAAGGAAAUUAAAAGGGAAGAAAGACACAUGACUUAUCUCGGCAAAAUGAUUAUAGAUAAUGUCAAAAAGAUUGAAAUUAUGAGCAAAUACAUUAGAAGUUUUAUGUAAAAAGUUAAUUAUUUUACUUGAAUCACUCAUACCUUCAUCAUAAUAAUGAUGAUAAUAAUUAUAAUAAUAAUAAUAAUAAUGAAAAAUUGUAAUUUUUUACUCAAAUGGAUAAAAGGUCACAUUUAAGUAUCUCUAAUUUUUACAAAGUCACCAUCUUUGUAUCUUUUCUUGGUAGAAAUGGGCUUCCAUACACCCGCUGCUCCACAAUCUGCCGCUAACAAAUGACGGAAAUGAUUUACAAUUAAAGCAACACAUAUCGUUAUCUGCAGACAAUGUGAAACACGGGCAGUGCGCUCUGCUGUCAUGAAGAGAGGGCGGCUGUCUCUAUGCACCACAUUUAACGCAUUUGUGAUGUCAAUGGAGAUCCGCUGCUGAUGAGGAAACUGUCGGCGGUCGUCUUCUCUGUGUCGUGCCAUAAACUGGCCCCGUGUUGGACUGCAUGUGAGGAGUCACGUUAGUGUUAGAGACUGGAAAGAUUGUAAGAAUUUGAAAGUCAGUAUUGUUAGACGCACUCGAGAGAACCACUGCACUGCAUGCUGUCAGAUGUCACUUUGAAAGAAGUGUGUGUGUGUGUGUGUGUGUGUGUGUGUGUGUGCGCAUCGUAUGAAUGACUGUAUCUGGUGUUCUCCAUUCCUUCUGAUGAGAAUACCGGCUCCUCUGUGUGGUGUGAGCUCGUGCCCUGAAACUCUUCACCUCAUCAUACACCCGAACUAAACCUGCAGACAUCCUGCUUUACGUGUGUCUGAAAGAGAGAGAGUGUGUGUGUGUGUGUGUGUGUGUGUUUGUGUGUGAGCUUGUUGCUAAGGUACGGAGCUGUAAUCUAGAGGUGUUUGAUUCCACAUUUUAUGCUUUUUGUUCUUUUUCUUUUUUCUUUUUUUUUUUACAGUGUUAUCGUGCAGGGAUUCUUUUACGUUCAUUGUUAUUUCCUAAACAUUGUGUUCUUGCUUGUACAUAAAGACAAAAAAAGAUCCCAAGUUUUAUCUUUUUUUAAUUACAUUAAUAUAAAAAAAAGGAAUCAUAAAAAACUUUGCUUGAAAAAUUACGGGAAUAAAUAAAGCAAUUUUGAAGGAAAAGUUACAAUAUUUGUGAUCCU